AUGUCUGAAGCUGCAGAAAAUUCUUCUGCUCAAUUAGAAACUCCAGUGGAACCCACUGUUUCCAACUCCGGUUCCCAAUCUAACAUGUCUGCCCCUUCAGUCAAAGAUGCUAAGGACGAAUUGAAUGACUUUGACGUCGACCAACAACCUGUCCUUGAAAUUCCAAUCAAACCUGCUUCCGCUUAUGUUACUAUUUCCAUUUUCUGUACUAUGAUCGGUUUUGGUGGUUUUAUUUCUGGUUGGGAUACUGGUACCAUUGGUGGUUUCUUAGCUCAUCCAGAUUAUUUACGUAGAUUCGGUUCCAAACAUCAUGACGGUAGUUACUAUUUCUCUAAUGUCAGAACUGGUUUAGUCGUUUCUAUUUUCAAUAUUGGUGGUUUAAUUGGUUGUUUGACUUUAGGUGACUUAGCUAACAGAAUCGGUCGUAAGAUGGCUUUAGUUGCUGUUGUCAUUAUUUUCAUUAUCGGUUUAAUUAUUCAAAUUGCUUCUAUCGACAAAUGGUAUCAAUAUUUUAUUGGUAGAAUUAUCUCCGGUAUGGGUGUUGGUGCUAUUUCUAUUUUCUCCCCAAUGUUACUAUCUGAAGUUGCUCCAAAACAUUUAAGAGGUACCCUAGGUUCCAUGUAUCAAUUAAUGGUUACUUUCGGUAUUUUCUUAGGUGAUUGUACUAACUAUGGUACUAAAGCGUAUGAUAACUCUGUCCAAUGGAGAGUUCCAUUAGGUUUAUCAUUUGCUUGGUGUUUGUUCAUGAUCGCUGCCAUGUUCUUCGUUCCAGAAUCUCCACGUUACUUGAUGGAGGUUGGUAAAGUUGAAGAAGCUAAGGCAUCUAUUGCUACUUCUAAUAAAGUUUCUGUUGAAGAUCCAGGUGUUCAAGCUGAAAUUGAUUUAAUUACUGCUGGUAUUGAAGCUGAAAAAGCUGCUGGUAGUGCUUCAUGGAUGGAAUUAUUUUCGAGAAAAGGUAAGGUUUUCCCAAGAUUAUUUAUGUGUUGUAUGUUACAAACUUUACAACAAUUGACUGGUUGUAACUAUUUCUUCUACUAUGGUACGGUUGUUUUCCAAGCUGUCGGUUUAAAGGAUUCUUAUGAGACCUCUAUUGUUUUCGGUAUUGUCAAUUUUGCUUCCACUUUCGUUGCCUUUUACGUCGUUGAUAGAUUUGGUCGUCGUAGAUGUCUAAUGUGGGGUGCUGCUGCUAUGGUUGCUUGUUACGUUGUUUAUGCUUCUGUUGGUGUCACUCGUUUACAUCCUCAUGGUGACGAUGGUCCAACAUCCAAGGGUGCUGGUAACUGUAUGAUUGUCUUCUCAUGUUUCUUUAUUUUCUGUUUCGCUUGUACUUGGGCACCAAUUGCCUGGAUUAUUGUCUCUGAAACUUUCCCAUUGAGAAUUAAACCAAAGGGUAUGGCUCUUGCAAAUGGUUGUAACUGGUUCUGGAAUUUCUUAAUUUCUUUCUUCACUCCAUUUAUUACCGGUGCUAUUAACUUUUACUACGGUUACGUCUUUAUGGGUUGUAUGGUCUUUGCUUACGGUUAUGUUUUCUUCUUCGUUCCAGAAACUAAGGGUUUAACCUUAGAAGAAGUUAAUGAAAUGUGGGAAGAAGGUAUUUUACCAUGGAAAUCACCAAACUGGGUCCCAUCCGCCAAGAGAGAUGCAUCCAUGGACAUGGAAGCUUUACAACAUGACGACAAGCCAAUGUACAAGAGAAUGUUCAGUAGAAACUAA